CACGUGUUCCGACCCGCCAGGCCCCGCGCGGCUCGGAUCUGGCGGCGCUGCUAGGGCCGGGAGUGGGUUGGGGAGAAGCCGGGGCAGGGGAGGAGCCGCCGGAGCUGUUGGAGCCGUGACACCCAGGGCAGCCUCACUCAGAAGCCACAAGGAAAGCUAGUGGAGUCCCUCAUCCCUCCAACUUCUCUUCCAAGCUGCCCCAUGGCCCUUGAUCCAGAAAGCCACUUCAGAAAGGUUGUGGGACAGCCAUGGGAGGCUUGUUGCUGGGAAAUGUAUGACAGCGGAACAGUUAGGCUGUACCCGUUUUGCACUCUUUCUGUAUACCAUAUUGCAGUAGACAGUCAUUUCAAGGGCACAGCAAGGUUUACUACGAAGUGAGGGACUCUUGGGCAUUAUAAACUAUGCAGAUGAGGUAAGUUACAGGUUUACAACAUUUUUUUCCAGCUAAUUUGGCACGGACGUAAAACACAUAUAGCAGUCCUAGACGCCUUUCCUCCUUUAAAUUUGGCCAGCACUGGAAAAGUUGGAUCCCUUCUGCUCGAACCUCAGAUUUAUCCCCUUUGCCUUAGGGACUGGUCCUCAGACUUACCAAGCAUCUUAAACCCCUGAAGGGCUUGUGAAAUACAGAUUACUGGGGCCACCCCCAGAGUUACUGAUUAUAGGUCAGGGCUGGGGCUUGAUCAUUUGCAUUUGUAACACGUUCUCUGGUGCUGGUGUGCUGGUCUGGGUUUUCCCACGUUGAGAACCACUGCCUUUGGCCAGACUUCUUCACACAAACAUUGCAGUGGUUUGGACAUCAAAAGACCUGUGUGUAGAAAAUCAUCCCCAUUUUCAAGAUGAUUUGAUGUGACUUGUCCCAGAUGACACAGCUCUAGGAGGUGGAACACAGCUCAUCCACCUCUGAAGGGAGAACUAUCAACAGCGAUCCAGGCCUCCUGGGCCUGUGGGGUCUGCACCACGCAGCUUGCAGGAUCCCAGUUCCCCGACCAGGGAUUGAACCAUGGCCACAGUAGUGAAAACGCCGAAUCCUAACCACUGGACCACCAGGGAACUCCCUUAACACUUUACUUUUGAUGUAACAGUAAACAGACCAAGAUUUUCCCUGUGCAUUAAAAAAAAAUUUGUUUUGAAUUAUGAUGAAAUAAAGGACUUUGAUUAUCAUGUAAAUCUUCUUCCCAAAAGGAUUUAAAGCGAUUUGAAGGAAAGAACAGAAUAUAUAGAGCAUCUACCAUAUACCAAACUCUGUGCUGAGCGAUUCUAUGUGUUACUUCAUUGAUCCUUAAGACCACCAUAUGAGGUAGGAAGUAUUUGCCACAUGUUGGAGAUUGGACUGAGGCUUAGGGAGUGUCACUUGGCUAAUAGGUGAGGGGAGGGAUCCAGACUAAGGCUCCAGAGCCCCUAACCAUUAUGUGGAAAGUAUGGGUAAACGUUUGUGUAAGGAUCAGUAACAGUAAAAUGAAAGAAUCUUUCCUGUAGGAGGAUCAUAGUGGGUAGUCUUUAGUUUUAAAGAACACUACAGGAGUAGAAAAGGGCAGUUAACAAUUUUUAUUAGCUGAUUAUUUUUUCUAGAGCAAUGAGAGGAGCAGUUGCAAGCGUCUGGUUAGUCCCAGCGAUCACUGAUUCAAAUCUCCAGGCUCUGGGCCCGCGUUAGACUCAAAGAGGAGAAGGGAGACUGGAAAGAAUUUAAAUGUCUGCUGAAUAGCAUCAUUCGAACCUCUCUGAUCACUAUUUUCUUCUGAAGAUUAAUUAUUUGCCACACUGCCCGCCUUCUCUUCCUUCCCAUCUCUUGCCCCAACAAGGACGACUCUGCCGCCCCUCAUUCCGCUGUUGCUGACCUUUUGUCGCCAUCUCAUCUUCUGAGGCUGCCAAAGUAUUGGAAAUUGAUUGAAGGACAGUCGCCUACUUCAAGGGGUUUCAGGGGAAAGAUGAACGAUGACUGUGUGAUGUGGCAGAUUUUGAGAUACAGAUGUGUCCAGAUAGCUGGGGAAGCAAAGUGAUUUCUAACCAGGUCUAAGGGCAGGGAGAAUGGGAUCAAAGAAGGCAUCUCAGGAGACAUGAAGCCUUACCUAUCUAUGUCUUGAAAGAUAAGUCCCUUGGGAGAAACUCCUCGAGGUGCCCAGGCUGAGACGGGGGGAAUGACAGUGUGAGCUCUCGAUGGUGUGAGACCACCCCAGAGCCAGACAAUGGCUACAGCCUUGGAACCGGAGGACCAGGAUCUUUGGGAAGAAGAGGGGAUUCUCAUGGUGAAAUUGGAAGAUGAUUUCACCUGUAGGCCAGAGUCUGUCUUACAGAGGGAUGACCCUGUGCUUGAGACGUCGCACCAGAACUUCCGGCGCUUUCGCUACCAGGAAGCAGCAAGCCCUCGGGAAGCUCUCAUCCGACUCCGAGAACUGUGUCAUCAGUGGCUGAGGCCAGAGAGGAGGACAAAGGAGCAGAUCCUAGAGCUGCUUGUGCUGGAACAAUUCCUUACUGUCCUGCCCGGAGAGCUGCAGAGCUGGGUGCGGGGCCAGCGGCCAGAGAGUGGCGAGGAGGCCGUGACGCUGGUGGAGGGUUUGCAGAAACAACCCAGGAGACCAAGGCGGUGGGUGACUGUCCAUGUUCACGGCCAGGAAGUCCUGUCCGAGGAGACAGUGCAUCCAGGAGCAGAGCCCGAGUCACCUAGUGAGCUUCAGGAUCCUGCACACACCUUGACCCCCGAGGAGUCCCAUGAGGAGACCACACAGAGCCCAGAUCUGGGGGCACCAGAAGAGCAGAGCCUGUGCCAGGAGUUGGAGUUCCAGCCCCUGCAGGAGAGCGAGCUUCCAGUGCCCCAGGACCCAGCCCUUCCUGAAGAGAGGAACCCUGGAAACCCAGAGAUGGUUGCCCUUCUUACUGCUCUAUCACAGGUGCACCCUAGUUUCUGUCUAUACCAUGGAGAAUUUGAGGAACCGUUGGGCAUAUACACUGAACAGGGAUUGGUAACUUUCAAGGAUGUGGCUGUAUGCUUCUCCCAGGACCAGUGGAGUGAUCUGGAUCCAACACAGAAAGAGUUCUAUGGGGAAUAUGUCUUGGAAGAAGACUGCGGAAUUGUGGUCUCCUUGUCGUUUCCAAUCCCCAGACUAGACGAGAUCUCCCACAUGGGAGAAGAAGAGCCUUUGAUCCCAGAGAUCCCAGAGGCGCAGGAGCCUCAAGAGCCAGAAAUCCUGAGUUUCACCUACACAGGAGAUAGGAGUGAAGAUGAGGCGUGUCCUGAGCAAGCAGAUAUGAGUUUGGAGGAGCUACACAGGUCUAUCUUGGGAGAUGCAGAAAUUCACCAGACUCCAGACUGGGAAAUAGUCUUUGAGGGUGAUCCAGGCAGACUUAACGAAAGAAGAUUUGGCACAAAUAUUUCUCAAGUUCAUAGUUUAACGAAUCUUCAGGAAACCGUGCCUGUCCACCCCCUGUUAGGGAGACAUCAUGACUGUACUGUAUGUGGUAAAAGUUUCACUUGUAACUCCCACCUUGUUAGACACCUGAGAACUCACACAGGAGAGAAACCCUAUAAAUGUAUGGAGUGUGGGAAAAGUUACACACGGAGCUCACAUCUCGCCAGGCACCAAAAGGUCCACAAGAUGAGCGUUCCUUAUAAAUAUCCCCUAAACCGGAAGAAUCUGCAUGAGACCUCCCCUCUGGUCCAGGUUGAGAGAACUCCACCUGUUGAGAAACCCUAUAGGUGUGACGAUUGUGGAAAACACUUUCGCUGGACUUCAGACCUUGUCAGGCACCAGAGGACACAUACGGGAGAGAAACCCUUCUUCUGUACUAUUUGUGGCAAGAGCUUCAGCCAGAAAUCCGUGCUCACAACACACCAAAGAAUCCACCUCGGAGGCAAACCCUACUUGUGCGGAGAGUGUGGAGAGGACUUCAGUGACCACAGGCGGUACCUGGCCCACCGGAAGACGCACGCGGCCGAGGAGCUCUAUCUGUGCAGCGAGUGUGGGCGCUGCUUCAACCACAGCGCCGCCUUUGCCAAGCACCUGAGGGGACACGCCUCAGUGAGGCCCUGCCGCUGCACCGAGUGUGGGAAGAGCUUCGGUCGGAGAGACCACCUCGUGAGGCAUCAGAGAACACACACUGGUGAGAAGCCGUUCACGUGCCCGACCUGCGGGAAGAGCUUCAGCAGAGGCUACCACUUAAUCAGGCACCAGAGGACCCACUCAGGAAAGACCUCCUAGCCCGGUCCCCACGUGCGGACACCUGCCUUCGACUCUUUCCCAGGGGUGAUCUGGGAGAAGCCAUCUUGUCGGCCUGGGAAGACCUUUUCUAGGGAGUCUCCCUCACCUGCCCAGAUGUGCGUUAGUAACCUCUUCCCACAACUAGAUCACCCCCCCACCCCCCCGGGCAGAACCUCUCAACUUUGUUCUACACCUUGAGGAGAUAUUCUUUCCAAAGUUCGCCUGAAUUGAGGCCUCUCCGUGACUGGAGUGCUCCUGCCUCCACCUCACAGGUGUGAAGUAGGAGAAUUAGAAGACUUAAGAGGUUGUGUUUACUAUAUUUGCCCCCAAAUAAGCUGUUAACUAUCCUAAAGACGCCUAACGCCCUCAAGUUUAAAGUGGCCCAGGACAGGUCCUUAGGUUUGGUAAGGGACCAGCCUUUAGGAUUCUGUCCUUCCUGGGCUCAAAUCUUAAAGCACACAGCCCUGAACUCAAGGCAGGAGACCUGCAUCCUGAUGGCUCUGCCACACUUUCACAGGUUAACUGUACAACUCUCUCACUGAUACACUUCUUCACCAUGCACUUUCCUUUGAUUCUCGGGAGAGAUGCGAGUAGUGGUUGAUGGGCAAAAACAUCGAGGCGGCUUCAUGUGGACCUUGUCAGGCUGCUCCCUUCCCCAUUGUCAAAAUGACACCAGGUGCCAGACACAGCUUGAAAGGGGGGCCUAGUCAGAAGCCUCUUUCCUUGUGGGUUUUUUCCUGUUAGAAUGCCCCUGCCCAGCCCUCCUACUGUUCUGCCAGGCUCUCGGUUUUGUCCCUAGUGCUACAUCUGUGAGAUGUAGCAUUUGGGUGCUGAGGGAUUCAGUAAUGCCUAAUUAAAACCAUGUUGAAGUCAUUUACAUUUCCACAUAUAUACACUCCCACCCACCCAACCCUCUUCCCAUGAGUCUGUGAGGGGGUUUGGAAGUGGUGUCAGCUUACAAAGGCGCUGUCAUGAUUGUAGAAUCCUGAUCGAUGGGGUCACUACACUUACGUGAAGAAAGCUGGAGAAGAGCUGAGCUCCAAUUGUGGAAACUUUAAGCAAAAGCUGCUGCUGCUGGCCAAGGCCAUCCAGACUGUUCUCCUGACGCCCCACCCCAUCCACCCUGCCUCAUUCUCUGAUGUCAGGGAGACCUGGGACCCUGAAGAAUUUACCAGGAGUAAAGGCUUUCAUGUAUUUGCGUUGUUUGCUUUUUCUUACGUGAUUUCAUUCUCAUGUAAUUAAGAACUAAGGAGUAGAAUCUCAUGGCCCAAGGAUCUCUGUUGCCUGGUAAAGGUUCCAUGGAGGUGAGGCUGAAUAAUCAUGAACCUCACCUGCUCUGAUUGUGUGGGAGCGGCAAGGACUGGGGAGACCAUCCUCCAAAAGUGGAGCACGGGGUAUGGGAUUAAAGCAUGAAAAGGGA